CUAGUUAAAAUUUCGAUCAAUUAAAAUGGACCUAUACCCGGCUUCACAAACAAAAGAACUAUGUAUACGCGCCAGUUGGGCUAACUGCGUGUCUUUGGACGGUGGGAGGACAAAUGCACACGAGGAGAAUAUAAUACAAUAAAAUAUAGAACAUAAUAAUGUCUCCAAACACACUGUAGGCGUGAUUCAAAGGCUCAUCCCGGCAGGAGAGAAGCAGCAGUGUACCUGCCAAGGCGUUCCCUUCCGAGGGAAAUUCCUAUAUUCAACCUUCAUUUAAUUUGUAGAUUUUCACAAAUCAUAUUUUGAUUGCCGAAACCUACUCUGCUUCUAUGUUUAUUCCAUCACGUAUCUAUAUAUUUACCCAAAAGACUGCAUUUUAACUGGUUUGCUUAAACUUCAUUCUAUCGCUAUAAAUCACAAAAUACGGUACCGAAAGUACAGUAGGCAACACCGCGGGUGACAGACACCAAAGGCGGAAACGUUAAUUGGAACCUAAAGCAACUCUGCCUGACAGAAGUUGACGGCUACCCUCCAGGCAACCGCAUGAAACAAUAUAUUAGUCGGCCCAGAGAAGGACGGCACCUGUGGAUGUGCAGCUGCUCUUCCCAUAGCUUCACCCAGGCAGCAUGCGGGACUGCAGCCUCCGCGCACAUCGCCGUCAAAGCUGCAGCUGGACAAUGGAGCAGAACGCAGCGAUAAGGACCGGCGAGCCGGGGCCAAGGGAUCCUCUCUGUUUUACCAACAAAAUUCUCCUACGGCUCAUUUAAUAAGACCGGAAAUCAUGGUAUCUCCAGUUCGCUGUGUGAACAGCAGCAACGUCAGACGGGAACAUGAGGACCGUCCCUAAGAAACUCACCGCGCUAUCGAGCGGACCGAAAGUUUGCAAUAGGUCUGACACUCAAACAAAAGGCAAACGGGAGUUUCCCUCGAUCCCAGUUAGCAUUAAUACACCGGAUGCUGCUUAACUGCUUUGCUGUUCCGGGUAUUGCAUGGUCAUGAUUUAGCAGACUUGUUCAUCUCCGCUGGGCGAUAUUCCGAAAUAAUAUUCGCCGUCGGUGUUUGCACUUUAUGCGCCGUAGCUGAACCCGGAGAGCAGGAAGGCGGGAUGGCGGCGGCGAUGCUGCUGUCGGAGACCGAGAUCAAACAGCGGUCCAUGGCAGAAGAGGACCCGAACGGGAACGAGCAUGGAGCGGCGGCUCGGAGCGCGGCGCCGCGCUGGGGACCGCAGCACGCCGGGGCCCGGCAGCUCGCCAAGCUCUAUUCCCCGGGCAAACGGCUGCAGGAGUGGGUCUGCGUGGUCCUGUGCUUGUCCCUCUUCGGCGUCAACUUUGCCUUCCUGCUGGUGAACUUCUCCACCGUCCACAUCUACCGGAUCAUCUUCGGCGUCAUCGCUGGCAUCGUGACUGCAGACUUUGCCUCCGGGAUGCUGCACUGGGCUGCUGACACUUGGGGUUCCGUGGACGUCCCUGUCAUCGGCAAGGCCUUCAUCCGCCCCUUCAGAGAGCACCACAUCGACCCCACGGCCAUCACCCGACACGACUUCAUCGAGACCAACGGCGACAACUGCAUGAUCACCAUCCUUCCUCUGAUGCACAUGGCCUACAGGUUCCUGUCGCCCCUCCCAGAGGCCCCGGCUGAAUCUUACCCCUGGGACUGCUUCGUCUUCGCCCUCGCCGUCUUCGUCACCAUGACCAAUCAGAUCCACAAGUGGUCGCACUCGUACUUCGGGCUCCCGGGCUGGGUAACGCUGCUGCAGGACCUGCACAUGGUGCUGCCCCGAAAGCACCACCGCAUCCACCAUGUGUCUCCGCAUGACACCUACUACUGCAUCACCACGGGAUGGCUGAAUUACCCCCUUGACUAUGUAGGCUUCUGGAGGAAGAUGGAGCAUCUGAUUGAGAGCUUGACUGGCCACAAGCCACGUAGCGAUGACAUGGAGUGGAUAAAGAAAACGGACUGAGAGCCUCGCCUUCCGCUAUCCGCCUACAAUAGGGCAUUGGUGAGGCUCGGAGGUGGAGGCGGUGAUUGGGCAGGGCAGAGUGUGGCCCCGCCCACCUCACCCUCAGGGGAGCCAACCCAGUGCAUUUCUUCACUCUGUACUGUUGCUGCUUCUGUCUUCCACGAAAGACUAGUCUUUCUGCCGUUAACUUUCUCGGUUUUCAGAACUUUCCAAAGAUAGCGGAUGGAGACCAUGUUGUAGGGCCAAGUCUAGGCCUAGUCUGGGUUGUGGGGUUAAAAAGUACAGUGGGUCAUGUGAUUGUGGUAACUGACCUAUGGGAUGUCCAAUGGGCUGUUUUUGUGUUGAUUGAUCUGUGGAAUAUCCAAUGGGCUUUCUCUUUCUUGCCACUGGAGGUUGGGCUCUCCAGGGGAAGCACUUGUUUAGCUGUUGAAAGCAAAGUGUGCUAAACUGGGAUCGGGGGGUCGUUGGAUUUUGGGAGGGGUCACAACAUUGUCAGUGCAUAGGACUCUGCAUGCCUGGUGAUUCUUUUCUCUGGUAUGUAUAGGGGGGUGGAAUUCGCUGGCUUAUGUUGUCUUUAGGCAGGAUUUAAUGUGCCUGGCACCGUAGAGUCGCAAGACUCCACACGACGCCGCCUGCAUGGGGGAGGUCUAGCACAGUGAAUGGGGCUUCCCUUGUCUGCUCACCCCCCCAAGUUAAACCUGGCACCCAGCUUUCCAAAGAGGUGCGAUGCACAUCACCAAGGGCUGGGGUCCGCGGACGCAUCUCCGUCUGCUCGGUGCAAAGCACAGCACGCAACGCAGAGCUUCUCGUAUCCCUGCCACUUCCACAGGAGCGCAGGCCAUGCGGGCUGCUUCCUUUGGCUCCCCCUGGUGGUGGUCCGAAGAUCAGCUUUUUCUAUGGAUUCUUACUCGCGGCUCUCGCUCGCUGCCGAUCUGCCUUAAAUUGGAUUUUAUGGAUGUUCUAGAUCGGAGAAAUCCCUCUCGUCCGUCUGUCUUGAGCACUUGUGAUAUUUUAUUAGGGCCACUUAUAGUUGUGCUUUCUUUUGCUUUCACAUGCAUCUGUGUUUGGUCUGUCUGGUUUGUUCUCACCCUAAUGUGAAUGAGUCAAACUUUCCUGACGCCUGUGAUACUGCACUAAGAAAGGCCAGCAAGAAAGCUGCUGUGAAUUAUGUUUCUGGGGGCAUCUAGUGGCCACUAUUUGUCAUUGCAGUUGUCUGAUUAAAAAAAAAAAAAUAUGCAUACAACUUUA